AUGCACACUCACGGCAUCAUGGCCAGCACUCAGGAGCGCCUGAGCUUGUCUUCCUCUCCAAACUCCCUCAGCAAAGCCUUCUGUGAAGAGAAGGACUCGAGCAGGCUCCAGGAGGAGCACUCACCGGCCGGGAAGCACCCGUCCCCCGAGGCGCUGGAGAAGGGCCCGCUGCAGACGGAGCUCCCCGAGCAGGUGAGCAGCCCGGUGACCACGGCCGUGCUGAGCAGUGUCAGUGAGGACUCCAGGGAGCAGUUUGAGAACAGCGUGCUGCAGCUGCGGGAGCAGGACGAGGCUGAGACCCCCCUUCCUCAGGGCAACAGGAGCACUGGGGACGGGGAGAGCAACGGUGGAGGGGACGACGUCAAAGUCCAGUUCAACAGAUCGGGCAGCGGAAGCGGCGGGUUCCUGGAGGGGCUCUUUGGUUGUCUGAGGCCCGUGUGGAACAUCAUAGGCAAGGCGUACUCCACAGACUACAAGCUACAGCAGCAAGAUACCUGGGAGGUGCCAUUCGAGGAGAUCUCAGAGCUGCAGUGGCUGGGCAGUGGUGCCCAGGGAGCUGUCUUCCUGGGCAAAUUCCGGGCAGAGGAGGUGGCCAUCAAGAAAGUGAGAGACCAGAACGAAACGGAUAUCAAGCACCUGCGGAAGCUCAAACACCCGAACAUCAUCGCCUUCAAGGGAGUUUGCACUCAAGCCCCAUGCUACUGUAUCAUCAUGGAGUACUGUGCCCAUGGACAGCUCUACGAAGUCCUGCGAGCAGGACGGAAGGUCACCCCUCGGUUGCUUGUGGAUUGGUCCACAGGGAUUGCCAGUGGGAUGAAUUAUCUGCACCUUCACAAAAUCAUCCAUCGAGACCUCAAGUCACCAAAUGUUUUAGUUACACACACAGAUGCAGUAAAAAUUUCUGAUUUUGGUACAUCUAAAGAACUCAGUGAUAAAAGUACCAAGAUGUCCUUUGCUGGAACGGUGGCUUGGAUGGCCCCAGAGGUGAUCCGCAACGAGCCCGUCUCUGAGAAGGUGGAUAUCUGGUCGUUUGGGGUAGUUUUAUGGGAGCUGCUCACAGGAGAGAUUCCCUACAAGGAUGUGGACUCUUCAGCCAUCAUCUGGGGAGUGGGCAGUAACAGCCUGCACCUUCCUGUCCCUUCCACCUGCCCAGAUGGCUUCAAAAUCCUCAUGAAGCAGACCUGGCAGAGCAAGCCCCGGAACCGUCCCUCCUUUCGGCAGACGCUGAUGCACCUGGAUAUUGCAUCUGCUGACGUGCUGGCCACUCCUCAGGAAACCUACUUCAAGUCACAGGCUGAAUGGAGAGAAGAAGUGAAGAAACACUUUGAGAAAAUUAAAAGUGAAGGAACUUGCAUCCACCGGCUAGAUGAAGAAUUGAUUCGUCGUCGAAGAGAAGAGCUGAGACAUGCCUUGGAUAUCCGUGAACACUACGAGAGGAAGCUGGAGAGAGCCAAUAACUUGUACAUGGAGCUCAGUGCUAUUAUGCUGCAGCUGGAGGUCCGUGAGAAGGAGCUCAUAAAGAGGGAACAAGCAGUGGAAAAGAAGUACCCUGGGACUUACAAACGCCACCCAGUCAGACCAAUAAUCCACCCCAAUACAGUGGAGAAGCUGAUGAAGAGGAAAGGAGUCUCCCAUAAACCAGGCAGCCAGACUAAACGGCCAGAUCUGCUGAAGUCAGAGGGCAUCCCCAGUGCAGAAGCAGCAUCCAAUGGCUCACCAGUCUCAGGAAGCCCCAAGAUCCACGGCCACCCCCACGGCCAUCCCUCGAGGCUCCACGCCCACGGGCAAGAUAUCGCCAACUGCGCGAACAACCUGAGGUACUUCGGCCCUGCGGCCGCCCUGAGGAGCCCCCUCAGCAACCACGCCCAGAGGAGGAUGUCUGGUUCCAGCCCUGACCUCAUCUCUGCUGCCAUGGAGGCAGAUUGCAGGAGGAACCUGGAGAGCAAAGAGAGCAAAGCUGAUCGUUGGGAGUGUUGCCAAACGGAUGCGUACGAUUCGUGUCUGCAGUGCAGGGACGGGGACAGGGGUGAGGUGCAGAUGGCCUCUGUUGACAGGGGGGUGAGCCAUCCUCAGGCACCAGCCUCUGCUUCCCUCUAUGAAAACGCACAGUUCAUGGAGAAGAUGGAGGAAGAGGAGUUCAGCAACUCAAAGUCAGCGUCCGCCCUCGGCACUCCCCAGCACGUGGCGUCCUCAGUGCUGCCUGGCAAAGCAAGGCCCCUUCAAAAGAGUGGUGAUGACUCUUCAGAAGAGGAAGAGGGUGAAGUAGACAGUGAAGUGGAGUUUCCUCGUAGACAAAGACCUCACCGCUGCAUCAGCAGCUGCCAGUCCUACUCAACCUUCAGCUCGGAGAACUUCUCCGUGUCCGACGGAGAGGAGGGGAACACAAGUGACCAUUCCAACAGCCCGGAUGAGCUGGCCACCAAACUGGAAGAUGAGCUGGCUGAGAAGCUGGAGGAUAUGUUGUCCCAGACUCCAGAGAUCCCCAUUGAAAUCUCCACCCAGUCUGAUGGGCUUUCAGACAAAGAGUGUGCCGUGCGGAGAGUCAAGACUCAGAUGUCUCUGGGCAAGCUUUGCACAGAUGAACACAGCUGUGAGGUGAGCUGUAACUUCAG